CAAUUUCAGUUCAAUGCUCGACUGUCACUGUUUCGACGUCUUCGAUCUAUUUCCGUUCUUUCUAUUUGGACAGCCAUACUGUAACAAUGCAGCAAAAAGGGGCUGGUGAAAAUAUUGUUAAAAAAAAGGAGCCAAUCAAUGCGGUUCAAGUCUUCGGGCGCAAGAAAACUGCUACAGCCGUAGCAUACUGCAAACGAGGAUGCGGUCUCAUUCGGGUCAAUGGUAGACCAUUGGACCAAAUCGAGCCGAAAGUGCUUCAAUACAAAUUGCAGGAACCAAUUCUGCUGUUGGGAAAGGAGAAAUUCAAGGGAGUUGAUAUCCGCGUCCGUGUUAGCGGUGGUGGUCAUGUUGCACAAAUCUAUGCUGUUCGACAGGCUAUUUCAAAAGCUUUGGUAUCAUUCUAUCAAAAAUACGUUGAUGAAGCAUCGAAGAAAGAACUCAAAGACAUCCUAAUCCAAUACGACAGAACAUUAUUGGUCGGAGAUCCACGCCGAUGCGAACCGAAGAAAUUCGGUGGUCCAGGUGCCCGUGCUCGCUAUCAAAAGUCUUAUCGUUAAGCAUUUUCAAACAUUUUUACAUUCGACAAAUUCCAUUCAUUGUCCGCAUUUUGAUGCUUUAACGAUAAAUAAAAAAAGAAAAAAACAGAAAAUCGA